AUGACACUGGGCAUCACCAGCAACACCAGUAACACCAACAACAUCAUCACUAGCAACACUAACAUCACCAACAACACCAAUACAGUCACCAACAACACCAGUACCACUAACAACACCAAUACAGUCACCAACAACACCGAUACCACCAACAACACCAACACUACCAUCAACAACACCAGUACCAACAACACCAAUGCCAUCACCAACAACACCAAUACUAUCACCACCAACACCACCAGUACCACCAACACCAAUACCAUCACCAACAUCAAUACCAUCACCACAACCACCAAUAUCAUCACCAACACCAUCACCACCAACACCAAUACCAUCAUCAACAACGCCAAUACCAACAACAACAACACCAUCACCAAAAACACCAGUACCAACAGCAACACCAAUACCAUCCCCAACAACACUACCAUCACCAACAACACCAGUACCACCAACACCAGUACCAGCAACACCAAUACCAUCAACAACAACAUGACCAUCACCAAUACCUCCAACAACACCAAAACCAUCAACAACAACACCAAUACCACCAACAACACCAGUACCAGCAAUACCAAUACCAUCACCAACACCAAGACCACCAACACCAAUACCAUGACCACCAACACCAAUACAAUCACCAAAAACUCCAAAACCAUCACCAACAACACCAAUAACAUCACCAAAAACACUACCAUCACCAACAACACCAGUACCACCAGCAACACCAAUACCAUCAACAACAACACCAAUACCACCAACAACACCAUAAAACCAUACCACCAAAACCACAAUACCAUCACCAACAACACUGCUAUCACCAACAACACCAGUACCACCAACACCAAUACCAUCAACAACAACACAACCAUCACCAAAAACACCAAUACCAACAACAACAUCAAUACCAUCACCAUCACCACCAAUACCACCAACAACACCAGUACCACCAACACCAAUACCAUCACCAACAACACUACCAUCACCAACACCAAUAUCACCACCAACAACACCAUCACCAAAAACACCAGUACCACCAGCAACACCAAUAACAUCACCAAUAACACUACCAUCAUCAACAACACCAGUACCACCAACACCAGUACCACCAACACCAAUACCAUCAACAAUACGACCAUCACUAACACCAAUACCACCAACAACACCAAUACCAUCACCAACAACACUACCAUCACCAACACCAAUACCAUGACCACCAACACCAAUAUCACCACCAACACCAAUACCAUGACUACCAACAGCAGUACAAUCACCAAAAACACCAAUUACCAUCACCAACAACACCAGUACCAUCAAAAACACCAAUACCAUCACCAACAACACUAUCAUCACCAACAACACCAGUACCGCCAGCACCAAUACCAUCAACAACAUGACAUCACCAAAAACACCAAUACCACCACCAACAUCAAUACCAUCACCAAUACCACCAACAACACCAGUACCACCAACACCAAUACCAUCACCAACAACACUACCAUCACCAACACCAAUACCAAUACCAUCACCACCAACACCAAUACCAUCACCACCAACACCAGUACAAUCACCAAAAACACAAAUACCGUCAGCAAUAACACUAAUACCACCAACAACACCAAAACCAUCACCAACAACACCAAAACCACCAACAACACCAAUAACAUCACUAACAGCACUACCAUCACCAACAACACCAGUACCACCAGCAACACCAGCAAUACCAUCACCACCACCAACAACAACAACACUAAUGACACGAACACCACCACCACUGACAAUACCAACACCACCAAUAUCACCAACAAUGGAAACAAUACCAACAACAAUGCUAAUGACACCAACAACACCAACCCCACAAUCAACAACAAUACUAAUGAUUCUGACAACACCACCAGCAACAAUACCAAUACCACCAACAGCCACAAUAACAGCACUAAUGACACAAACACCAUCACUAACACCAAAAACAACAAUUACACUAAUACCAACAACAACACGAAUGACACCAACAAUACUAAUAACACCAACAACACCAUCACCAACAACACCAUCACCACCACCACCAUCAAUUACCCCAACACCAAAAACAAUACUGGCACCAGCAACUGGUGCACCAAAAGCACUGACACCCAAACCACCAAUGAUCUUAAGAACACCACCAUACAACCCUAA